AUGCAAUCCUCAUUGUCCCGUCCACGACUGACCCAUACUCCCCUCCGGUCACCCGCCCCAACCCUCGAAGCAGCGAACCAAUCCCAAAUCGAGGACCUCGUCCAACGCAACAAAACCCUCGAACUUCUCAAUAAACGCCUCACCGAGCAACUUGAGCUCGAAGUCUCGCGCCAAAAGUCCGACCUCAAAAGGAUCCAGGAGGAACAGGAGAAGCGACAACUGGAAUGGAGUCAACAGGCGCAGGAUAUGUUGAAUAUUUGCAGGAUCACGGAGGAGGGAGUUUACUUGGAGUUGGAGGAGGAGAGGAUGAGGGUUAUACAGGAGAUGAAGAUUGCGAGGGAAGAGAAACUGGAGAGGGUGAAGAGGGAUUAUAAGAUUAAACUUUUUCAGAUGAGAGAGGAGGAGCUGGAGAUGCAAGUUCUGGAGUUGGAGGAAGAGAGGGAGGAGAGGGAAGAGGUUUGGGCUGGAAGGAAGUCCGAGUACAAGGAAGCCUUGUCAGAUACAGCGGCAAAGAUCAAGGCUGCCGCAGAAGAGCUAAGGGAGGCCAAUGAAGAAAAGGACGCGCUGCAGGAGAGACUUGACAAGCUAACAGAGGAGCACGCGACUCUGCAAGCUUCAGUCGCAACACUCAACACCAAACUCGACCGGUACAAACUCAAGUACGACGGCGCAGUCACCAAGAGUACAGACCUCGAACGUUCCAACGAUGAGCUCAAGAGGACGAACUCGGAACUCCAACGCCAACUCGACGAAUGGCAAAACCUCGAGAAAAAAGAAGGAAACGAGGCGGAUGCUCAGCGGAAACAACGCGUUGCAGUUGAGACGGAGCUGAAGCGACUCAGGGAUCAAUAUGAUAAGGAGAGGAAGGAUUUUGAGAAGCAGAUUGCAAAGUUGACUAGCAAGGUCGAUAAACGGGAAGAGGAAGUUGAAGAGCUAAGGGAGUCAGUACGGGAGAAGGAGCGCGAGUCUGAGGCCGAAUUGAAGAAGCUGAGGUCUAAGAACGAAAAACUGAAGGCUGAGCUCGAGAUUGAACGUGCCCGUGUUGCACCUUCCAUAUCUCCGAACAAGGCCUCGACGCGUCGUAGAGAGGAAGAACCUGAAGAAGAAUCGCCUGAAGAGGAUGAACAGCCUCCGCCCAAGAAACGAGCUGCUGCAUCCAAAGCGAAGUCACAAUCCUCUGCUAAACCGAAACGACGACGACAGCCUUCUGUAUCAGAAUCGGAAGUCGAGGCCGCUGAAGAAGAGCCGGAGCCCGAGGCACCCAAACCAAAGAAAAAGAAGAAAAGGGCAGAAGAACCAGAGGAGGUGCUGGAGGUUCCUGAAGUCGGCCAACCGCGAAGGAAGAGGGUGGUCAAGGAGUCUGAAACAGAGGUGGAGGAGCCCCCGGCAGCUGGACCUUCUAGGUCACGAAGAAAGAAGCCAGUUGCAGAGCCUGACGAUGAGGAGGUACAAGAAGUCCCGGCUCCCUCCAAGUCUAAAAAGAAAAAGGCUGCCAAGGAAGUGGAGGAAGAAAUGGAGGAAGCAGAACAACCUGUGGAAGACGCGGAGGAGGCUGAAAUUGACACUGGCAAGAAACCCAAGGCUCGAGCUCCAGCCUCAAAAAGCAAACCCCCUUCUAAAGCGGCAGGAAAGCGCAGAACUGCUGAUGAUGACGGGGGCGAACAAUCCGAAGAACUCGAAGCCAAGGCGACGAAAAAGCGCAAGGCUCCGGCAAAGCCUCCUUCAAAGGCUACGAAACCACCUUCUCCUGUGCCGGAAGCACCGGAAGAUGAGUCGAGGGAGGAAGAGGUGGUUCCCAAGAAGAAGCGCAAGAUCAAUCUCUUUGCCAAUACGAAACCACAGGGUCCCUCGAUUUUCAACUUUGGACUUCCACCCACGACUGAUUCGAAUGGAUUGGACAUCCCGUCGGUAUUAUCACCAAUCAAGGAUUCAGAUCCUGUUCCUGCGCGACGAUUGGGUCCUAGUAUGCUUGGAAAGCUUUUCGGCGGCUCAUAG